AAAUUAGGAAAAAAAGGAAACCCUAAUUUUGUAUUCCGGUGAGAUUGGGGAUUCUCAUCAAAAGGGCCGCCGUAAUCGUUUACCACGUUGCUGGUUUAUUGUGAUCUGUCUCCCUCUCUCUCUCUCUAAAAGAGAAGAGGGCCUCCUCUCUCUCACCCACCAUUAGAGACAGGCCCCAUUUCCCUCUCUAGACGAACCAUCUCUUUCUCUCUCUAGAAGUCUACCCAUCUCUCUAGACGACCCAUCUCUUUCUCUCUUUAGAAGUCUACCCAUCUAUCUCUCUCUCUAAAAGUCUACCGAUAUUUGUCGUGUUUCUCUCUCUAUAAGGCCCCAUUGUUGCAUAAAUAUAAGAACUCUUGAUCGUGUUUUGUUGCCACCACUUUUUGGGUUCAUCUCCUCCACUUGAUUCUCACCCUUUUCCGGAGUCUCUUAACUUCUCCUGCCUCCCUUCUCUAGAGAGAGAAACUGCUCUGUUAGAGAGAGGUCUAGAGAGAGAGAGUCCAUUGUCUUGCAAACAUGUCGACCUGCUCAGCUGACUUGGCGCCGCUGCUCGGCGCUAAUGGCACCCAAGCGGCCGCCCUAAUCUGCUCUCAGUUCGCUGCCACAACCUCCGCAGUGGACACAACCUAUCUUCUCUUCUCUGCGUACCUCGUCUUUGCUAUGCAGCUCGGCUUUGCCAUGCUCUGUGCUGGCUCGGUCCGAGCCAAGAACACCAUGAACAUCAUGCUCACCAACGUCCUUGAUGCGGCAGCCGGAGGCCUCUUUUACUAUCUCUUUGGUUACGCCUUUGCCUUUGGGGUACCGAGCAAUUCGUUCAUCGGCCAUCGUUUCUUCGCUCUGCGUUCGUUCCCAUCCGCAGAUGCAGAUUACUCCUUCUUUCUGUAUCAGUGGGCGUUCGCGAUCGCAGCGGCCGGGAUCACGAGCGGAUCGAUUGCGGAGAGGACACAGUUCGUGGCCUACCUCAUAUACUCUUCGUUCCUGACGGGCUUCGUGUAUCCGGUGGUUUCGCACUGGGUUUGGUCGGCUGAUGGAUGGGCCAGCGCCUCCAAUUUGGGGAACCUCCUCUUCCACAGCGGCGUCAUUGAUUUUGCAGGCUCUGGUGUUGUGCACAUGGUGGGUGGCAUCGCUGGCCUGUGGGGUGCCCUGAUUGAGGGGCCCCGUAUUGGCCGUUUUGAUCACGCAGGCCGCAUGGUUACGCUCCGCGGCCACUCUGCUUCCCUUGUUGUCCUUGGAACCUUCCUACUCUGGUUUGGUUGGUACGGCUUCAACCCGGGCUCCUUCCUCAAGAUCGCUGUCCCUUACACGUCCACCAUUCAUGGCCAGUGGUCUGCAGUCGGCCGCACUGCUGUCACCACUACCCUUGCAGGUUGCACUGCUGCCCUCACCACCCUAUUUGGAAAACGUAUCCUUGUAGGCCACUGGAACGUCCUCGAUGUAUGCAAUGGCCUGCUUGGCGGGUUUGCUGCCAUCACCUCUGGUUGCUCUGUCGUCGACCCAUGGGCUGCCAUCAUUUGUGGAUUCGUUGCUGCCAUUGUCCUCAUUUCCUGUAACAAACUGGCGGAAAAAUUGAAGUUAGAUGAUCCUCUCGAGGCCGCACAAUUGCAUGGCGGUUGUGGAGCUUGGGGAAUCAUCUUCACCGCUCUCUUUGCAAGAGAGACGUAUGUGAGUCAGGUCUAUGGAGGCAACUCAGACAGGCCAUAUGGGUUGUUUAUGGGGGGAGGAGGGAGAUUGCUGGGUGCUCAUCUGGUCCUGAUUUUGGCCAUCAUUGGGUGGGUGAGUGCGACGAUGGGGCCCUUAUUUUUCGGGUUGCACAAGCUGGGUUUGCUGAGGAUAUCGGCCGAGGACGAGAUGGCAGGGAUGGAUCUCACCCGGCAUGGUGGGUUCGCUUAUGUCUACCAUGAUGAGGACUCUCAUUCAGGGGGGGCCAGCAAUGGCUUCAUGAUCAAGCCAGCCCCUUCGCCUCCUCCUCCGGCGAACAGCGUUUAGCGUUUAGAAGAAGUCUAGGUGAAACUUUGAAUAGGGAAGGAAAGGGUCAUGUGAAUAGGGAAAGAAACUCAUCCCACUCCCAUUCUAUCUUAUCGGGUGUGUGAAAAGUUAUUUUUUUUUGUCUUGGAGCCUUCAUUUCUUUGCUGUGAAUAGUUGGCAUUGUCUCUUCCUCUAUUUGCAAUGGUAUGCUUUGAUUGUUAUUUUUGUUGGACCAAAGCCAAAUGUCUUCAUUCAUUUUUCAUCCUCUAUUUGCAAUAGUAUGCUUUGAUUGUUA